CUUUCUUUAUAAUCGCAGAUCUGCCCCAACUUCUUAUUCCUCUUUCGCUCUCGCCGUCUCGCGUUGAUACUCUUUCUCUCGCUCUCUAUCUUUGCUCUCCUUACACGAAGGAAAGGGAAUAAUAAUCGACUUUGCAUUCUCCUUAGGGUUUGGAAUAGAAUUAUAAGAGAGGAUGUUUGGGAGAGGACCAAAGAAAAGUGAUAACACCAAGUACUAUGAGGUCUUGGGCGUUUCUAAGAACGCUUCGCAAGAUGAUCUGAAAAAGGCUUAUCGUAAAGCUGCUAUUAAGAAUCAUCCUGACAAGGGUGGUGAUCCAGAGAAGUUUAAGGAGUUGGCUCAAGCAUACGAGGUUUUGAGUGACCCAGAGAAGCGUGAGAUCUACGAUCAGUAUGGUGAGGAUGCCCUCAAGGAGGGAAUGGGUGGUGGAGGUGGUGGCCACGACCCAUUUGAUAUAUUCCAAUCAUUCUUUGGUGGCAGCCCAUUUGGUGGUGGUGGUGGGAGUAGCAGAGGCCGAAGACAGAGAAGGGGAGAGGAUGUAAUUCAUCCUCUUAAGGUUUCAUUGGAAGACCUUUAUAAUGGCACAUCAAAGAAACUUUCCCUUUCUCGCAAUGUACUUUGCUCUAAGUGCAAGGGUAAGGGCUCAAAGUCUGGUGCUUCAAUGAAGUGUCCUGUCUGUCAAGGUUCUGGAAUGAAGAUUUCCAUUAGACAGCUUGGUCCUUCUAUGAUUCAACAAAUGCAACAUCCUUGCAAUGAGUGCAAAGGUACUGGUGAGACCAUAAAUGAUAAGGAUCGCUGCACACAAUGCAAAGGCGAUAAGGUUGUCCAAGAGAAGAAAGUCUUGGAAGUUAAUGUGGAAAAGGGUAUGCAAAAUGGACAAAGGAUUACAUUCCCUGGGGAAGCUGAUGAAGCUCCUGAUACUGUUACUGGAGAUAUUGUAUUUAUCUUACAACAGAAAGAGCACCCCAAGUAUAAACGAAAGGGCGACGACAUAUUUUAUGAGCAUACCCUGAGCCUUACAGAGGCACUAUGCGGCUUUCAAUUUAUUUUAACACAUUUAGAUGGCAGGCAACUCCUUAUUAAAUCUCAACCUGGAGAAGUUGUCAAGCCUGAGCAAUUUAAGGCCAUAAAUGACGAGGGAAUGCCAAUGUACCAGAGGCCCUUCAUGAAGGGCAAAUUAUAUAUUCACUUCACUGUCGAAUUUCCAGACUCUUUAAGCCCAGAGCAAUGCAAGGCCCUUGAGACUGUGUUGCCCCCAAGGGCAGGAGUUCAGCUUACGGACAUGGAGAUAGACGAGUGCGAGGAGACCACAAUGCACGAUGUAAACAUUGAGGAGGAGAUGCGCCGCAAGCAAGCUCAGGCGCAAGAAGCUUAUGACGAGGAUGAUGACAUGCACGGUGGUGGUGGUGCUCAAAGGGUGCAAUGUGCUCAGCAAUGAUGAGAGGGAUGUAGCGUGAGUGAUGCUUAACAAAUUAUUUGUGAGAAAUAAACAGUUGUUUCUCCUUUCCUUAUAGGUUUUCUCUUUCUUUUCUUUUGCCCCUUUUUAGAAUUUUAAUUAUGCUUCGGGAGGUUUUACCCUUUACUGUUUGCAAAAACCUUAUUGUGCUGGAGUCUAGAAAUAGUCUCUCUCAGACCUCUAUUAAGAUAUAUGCUUGGUUUGUUCA